UCCCAAUUUGAUGGAUUACUUGGCCGUAAAGACUCAACUUAAAAAACGAGUGUAACGACAACUCAAAUGGUCAUAGAAAGAAAUCUAACAAUGAUCAUUCUAUUGGAGGACCAGGAGCAAGUCAAUGAUCCAAAGUCGUCUGAUUCACCUAUAAGCCAGUGGAUGGGUACCACUUUUUCUUAUAGUUGCUUCAAGUUUUGAAACUUAACUUGUCUUUCCUUUGGCAACUUUGUCAAACUCUGUUUGGAAUAUAUAAACAGCUGUAUGGAAUGAAUUACCCCAAUUGCGUACAACUAUGAUCCCAAAGCUUUCCUCUAUACCAAUUCUCCCUUUGUCUUUUCUUCUUGUUUUAGAUAUCAUAUGAAUCUUCAAAGCCUAUUCAUGGUCGAGAAAUCUGUUUCUCUUCUUGUCAUUGCCAUUCUUUUCUUUACUUUAGCAGAUGACACUCUUUCUAUAUACCUCAAUUCUAGUGCUUGCGUUACGCAGAAUUGUGGUAAUGGAAUAAAGAUAUCAUACCCCUUUUGGAUUCCUGAGAAACAACCAUCCUACUGUGGCUUACCAGCUUAUAAUGUUACCUGCAACAAACGUAAGCCAUUUCUUCAUAUAUCUGAAGAGGAAUUUAUCAUUAAGGAAGUAUUUUACACAAACAACUCGAUUCUACUAGCCAAAGCAGACGUGUUUGAUGAAGACAACAUAUGUCCAGUACCAAGACAUAAUUUUAGCACAAGGGGUACUCCAUUUUCCUUGGGGCCUAACACUGCAAAUCUCUUCUUUUUCUAUGACUGCACUCAACCUUAUGAAAGGGAGAGAUAUGAUGUCAAUUGUGCCCGUAAUGCCACUCACCAUUCUUUUGCGGUUUUUCAUACUGAGCUUGUGGAGCACUAUAACUAUUCAGUCGAAUCGUGUCAGGAUCCUGUUUAUACCCUUGUUGAGACUGACUCCAUUGAUAGAUUGCUAAAAAUGAAUUACACACAAGUUCUACAAAAGGGAUUCUUUCUGCAGUGGAGUGGGACUAAUUGUAGAGAUUGCCAGAAUAGUGGAGGACGUUGUGGUGCUCAAAGUAAUGAAUUUCUUUGCAUUUGCAAAAAUCAAACCCAACCAAGAACAUGUCUCAAUGGAAGAAAGAAAAUCGGAUUAAAGGUUGGCAUAGCUUUUGGUGCAGCUGCAUUUACCGCUUUGGUGUUAGGUGUAAUAUUCCUUAUCUAUCGUCAUAGACAGAACAAAAGUUAUGCUGGUUCAUCCUUGAUCACCAGAAGCAUUCUUUCCUAUCCCUCCUCCACGAAGGAUCCUGAAAAGUCUAAUAUAGCUAUAGGAGUUCACCUCUUUGACUACAAUGAACUGGAAGAAGCCACUAACAAUUUUGAUUCCAAGAAAGAGCUUGGAGAUGGUGGAUAUGGCACAGUAUACAAAGGUAAACUUCGAGAUGGACGUGUCGUUGCUGUAAAACGUUUGUAUGAAAACAACUGCAAGAGAGUAGAGCAAUUCAUGAAUGAAAUUGAUAUCCUAACCCGAUUGCAUCAUCCAAAUCUUGUCACUCUUUACGGAUGCACAUCUCGCCAUUCCCGUGAGCUUCUACUUGUUUAUGAAUACAUUCCCAAUGGUACAGUUGCUGAUCAUCUACACGGUGGAGAUUCACAGCGUGGAUUGCCUUCAUGGAAUACACGAAUGAAAAUUGCCAUAGAAACAGCAAACGCACUUGCCUAUCUCCAUGCUUCAGAUGUCAUCCACCGAGAUGUAAAAACUAAUAAUAUCCUUCUGGACAACAAUUUCUGUGUUAAAGUAGCAGAUUUUGGCUUGUCUCGGCUUUUUCCAAACGACGUUACUCAUGUCUCAACAGCUCCACAGGGUACUCCUGGAUAUGUUGAUCCUGAGUAUCAUGAGUGCUAUCAGCUCACUAACAAAAGUGAUGUUUAUAGUUUUGGAGUGGUAUUAAUUGAGCUUAUAUCAUCACUGCCUGCUGUUGAUAUCUGUAGGCACCGACAUGAAAUUAAUUUGUCAAAUAUGGCCAUCAACAAGAUUCAGAGCAAUGCAUUACAUGAGUUGGUGGAUUCAUAUAUCGGGUUUGACACUGAUGAUAAAGUAAGGUCAAUGAUAGCUGCAGUGGCAGAGUUAGCAUUCCAGUGUCUACAGAACGAUGGGGAUAUGAGGCCGUCUAUGCAGGAAGUUGUGGAGGCUCUGCUGAGAAUUCAGGGAAUGAAUAAAACAGGGAAAACAGACAAGGGUCGUCCUGAUGAUGAUGAUGCAGGUCCAGGCUUGUCGAAGAAUAACACAUCAUUAGUCUCACCUGAUUCGGUCGUUACUGCAAAAUGGAGUAGCAGUUCAACAACACCCAAUGGAAGUACCUAGCUUUUGGUUCUCUAAGGUGGUGCACUCGAAUACCUUCCAUGUUGGUUUCCAAAACCUGAAUUACAUAUAAUUUGAUUACCUUGGUUUUCUCUGUAAAAGAGGAUGUACAUAUGUCAGUGCAGCUCGUUUAACCACUCUGAUUCUAUUUGAACGUCUCAAGUCUUCUUUUUUUUUCUUUA